AUGGGCAUUGUAUUUUCUGACACGUUUGUGCCCCCAAACCACAGAUUUCUCCCCAAGACGGUGCAGUUUCAGCUGCCCGGCACCCCUCAUCGUCGCUCAGCCUUUACCAGGCGCCGCUCCUCUGCCGUCGAUGCGCCUCCCAAGUCGCUGGCCCCGUCCACGCCCGCGCAGCCACCGAGUCUCUUCGCGCCGCGCCAGGACAUCACGCCGCCGCAGACGCCCACCGAGGAGUCUCGAUCGCCGAGCCUCUUUGCCAACGAGGAUGGCCUCCGAAUCCAAUACCCCCACGAGAUGGAGUCCCCCAUCAACCAGCUCUCCCAGUCGUGGGGCAACCGCUCCGACCAGCCCAAGUCGCGCGCCAACUCGCCGCCCGCGCCCCAUGCCUUUGAGCAGGGCCGCACCAUGCAAAAGGCCCGCGAGCUGGGCCGCCGCGGCGUCGUCCAGCCGAAGCCGCACGUCCGCAGCGACAGCCACGACCGCGUCUUUGCCUCGGCCCCGUGGAAGGUGGUGAAUGCCGACCAGGGCAACGGCGGCCUGCGCAACGCCGUCGACGCCGCCGCCCGCGACGGCAAGCUCGGCGAGCACGUCUGGGUUGGCACGCUCGGCAUGCCCACCGACGCGCUCGAGGACACGGACCAGAAGCAGAGCAUUGAAGACACCCUGGCCACGGAGCACGACAUGCUCACAGUCUUUUGCUCCGACAAGGACUUUGACGGUCACUACAGCCACUUUUGCAAGCAGAUUCUCUGGCCCGUCUUCCACUACCAGAUACCCGAUAACCCCAAGAGCAAGGCCUACGAGGACCACUCCUGGCAGUUCUACGUCAACGUCAACCAGGCCUUCGCCGACAAGAUUGUCGCCAACUGGAAGCGCGGCGACGUCGUCUGGGUCCACGACUACCAUCUGCUCCUCGUCCCCAACAUGGUCCGCCAGAAGCUGCCCGACGCCAAGAUUGGCUCCUUUCUGCACGUCCCGUUCCCCUCGUCCGAAGUCUUCCGCUGCCUCGCUGUGCGCAAGCAGCUUCUCGAGGGCAUGCUCGGUGCCAACUUGGUUGGGUUCCAAAUUCGCGAGUACACCCGUCAUUUCUUGCAGACUUGCAGCAGAAUUUUGAGCGUCGAAGCCACGCCUGAAGGACUGCAGCUCGAAGAUCGCUUCGUCGAUGUUGUCAACUUGGCCAUUGGUAUAGAUCCUGUCAGCUUGGCCAUCCACCGAGAAAAGUCCGAGGUGAUGCGCUGGCUCGAUAUUCUUCAGGAGCGAUACAAGGGCAAGAGGCUCAUUGUCGCCCGAGACAAGCUUGACCAUGUUCGCGGCGUCCGACAGAAGCUGCUGUCGUAUGAGCUGUUCCUCAACAAGUACCCUGAGUGGCGGGAACACACUGUGCUUAUCCAGGUAGCCCUCUCUUCUAGCGAAAAGAGCGACCUGGAUGCUACCGUCUCGGAUAUUGUCACUCGCGUCAACUCUUCCUGGGCCAACCUGGCUUACCAGCCAGUUGUCUACCUCAAGCAGGACAUUGACUAUGCUCAGUAUCUCGCCCUCCUCACCGUCGCCGACGCUCUCAUGAUUACUAGCCAGCGCGAAGGCAUGAACCUCACCUCGCACGAAUACCUCUUUUGCCAAGACGGUAAAAUUUACCCCGAAAAGAAGUAUGGGUCUCUGAUACUGUCCGAGUUCACCGGCACCUCGUCACUAUUCAACGGCAACGAACUUACAGUCAACCCUUGGGACUACCGACAGUGUGCCGAGGCCAUCAAGCAAGCUCUCGAGAUGGGCGAAGAGGAGAAGAAGGAGAGAUGGGAAAACCUUUACAAGGCUGUGUCGCUGCAUACCGGCGCCCACUGGUUCAGUGAAUUCCUGUCUCGCCUAGAUCGUGCCUAUGAGACUCAGCACAAGCGAGAUCAGACUUCGGUCCCUCGCCUUUCUGUACCUGUUGUCACGGACAAGUACAAUCUCUCAAAACGUCGUCUGUUCAUCUUGGAUUACGAAGGCACCCUGGUCAACUGGGGCCCGGUCAAUCAGAUUAUUCCUGUCAGCCCACAGAGGACGCUGGAUGUUCUCAACGAGCUCCUGCUCGAUGACCGCAACAGCGUAUACGUCAUGUCUGGACGCCUGCCUGAGGAAUUGGAUCGCGUUUUCCAGCGCGUCCCCAACCUUGGUCUGAUUGCGGAAAAUGGCUGCUUCCUGCGGGACCACGGCGCGACAGAGUGGGAAGAAAUGGCUGACACGUCUCUAAUUAAGAAUUGGAAACGUUCAGUCAAGAACAUUCUCACCUACUACCUCGAGCGCACGCCCGGCGCGGAGCUCGAGGAGCGCCGCUGCAGUCUCAUUUUCCACUUUGGCAACGCCGAGGAUUUCGAGUCUGCCUCUCGCCUGGCGACCGACUGCACCAGCCACGUCAAUGACGCGUGCGAAUCGCAGCGAGUGCACGCCGUCUUGCUCGACAGUUGCAUCAUUGUGGAACCGGCCGACUGGACCAAGAGCACGGCCGCACAGCAAGUUUUUGACAGGUUCAAGAGCCGUCUGGCUCCGGAUGGGCAGCACAAGGAGCCUGUGGAUUUCAUGAUGGUGAUUGGUGACGGGCGCGAGGAUGAGAAGGUGUUUAAGUGGGCAAAUCUGCUGGGUGAUGUCGGCGCGGUGCGCGAGGUGGUGACGGUGAGCCUCGGUGGCCGCAGCACCGAGGCCAGCGCUACAUUGACCCAGGGUGUCAGCGGCGUUCUUACGUUUCUUCAGCGUCUGGCUGGCACCGGGCUUGGGCAAGCAGCGGCAUGA